AUGGCGAGCAUCAAGGGACCCGCUCCGGCGCCUACGUCCUUCCCCGGCGCGGACAAGCUGCGCAUCGGCAUUGUGCAUGCUCGAUGGAACGAGGAGUGCAUCACGCCGCUCGUACAGGGCUGCGUCGAGACCAUCACCAAGGCGGGCGUCAAGCCGGAAAACAUUGUGAUCGAGAGUGUGCCUGGCUCGUGGGAGCUGCCGCACGGCGUGUCGCGGCUCAUCUCGGGCUCGCAGGUGCAGGCGUCGUCGAACGUGUCGGACCUCAUGGGUGCCACCUCGCUGCUCGACGACAACAGCAAGCCGUCUACUCCUGUCGCAGGCUCGUCGUCCAAGCCCUCCAAGGCGGCGCUGGAUGCGGUCAUCGGCAUCGGUGUGCUCAUCAAGGGAUCGACGAUGCACUUUGAAUACAUCUCGGAAUCGUGCUGCUCGGGCCUCAUGCGUGUGGGCCUCGACACGGGCGUGCCGGUCAUUCUUGGCGUUCUGACCGCGCUCACCGAAGACCAGGCGCUCGAGAGGAGCGGCGUCGGAAGGGGCGCCAACAAGGGCCACAACCACGGCCUCGACUGGGGAUCGGCUGCGGUCGAGAUGGCUCUCAAGACCAACCGAUGGGCUGAAGGAAAGCUCGCCUAG